UGUCAAGUACAUGAAAGACUUCACUCUGGAGAAAAACGUUAUGAAUGUGAGCACUGUGAGAAAGCUUUCAGCACACACACUUAUUGUGUAAUCCAUGAAAAACUUCACACUGGGCAGAAAUCGCAUAUAUGUAAGAAAUGUAGGAAAGCUUUUAGCAGUAAAAUUCAUUUUCAAAUACAUGAAAAUGUUCACAAUGCAGAGAAACCCUAUGUGUGUAAGCAAUGUGGAAAAUGUUUCACCCAACUUGGACGUUGUAAGGAACAUGAAAGAAUUCACACGGGAGAGAAACCAUAUGUAUGUAAGCAAUGUGGGAAACCUUUUACCACACAUGGAUAUUGUAAGAAACAUGAAAGAAUUCACACUGGAGAGAAACCAUAUGUUUGUAAGCAAUGUGGGAAAGCUUUUAACACAUGGGGAGACUGUAAGAGACAUGAAAGAAUUCACACUGGAGAGAAACCGUAUGUAUGUAAGCAAUGUGGGAAAGCUUUUAACAGACGGGGAGUUUGUAAGAGACAUGAAAGAAUUCACACUGGAGAGAAACCAUAUGUUUGUAAGCAAUGUGGGAAAGCUUUUAACACAUGGGGAGACUGUAAGAAACAUGAAAGAAUUCACAGUGGAGAGAAACCAUAUGUAUGUAAGCAAUGUGGGAAAGCUUUAAAAACACAGGGAGAUUGUAAGCAGCAUGAAAGAAUUCACACUGGAGAGAAACCAUAUGUAUGUAAGCAAUGUGGCAAAGCUUUUAACACACGUGCAAACUGUAAGGGUCAUGAAAGAAUUCACACUGGAGAGAAACCAUAUGUUUGUAAGGAAUGUGGGAAAGCUUUUAACAGACGGGGAGUUUGUAAGAGACAUGAAAGAAUUCACACUGGAGAGAAACCAUAUGUAUGUAAGCAAUGUGGAAAAGCAUUUAGCACACGGGGAGAUUGUAAGAUACAUGAAAUCAUUCACACUGGAGAGAAACCAUAUGUAUGUAAGCAAUGUGGGAAAGCUUUUAACAGACGGGGAGUUUGUAAGAGACAUGAAAGAAUUCACACUGGAGAGAAACCAUAUGUUUGUAAGCAAUGUGGCAAAGCUUUUAACACACGUGCAAACUGUAAGGGUCAUGAAAGAAUUCACACUGGAGAGAAACCCUAUGUAUGUCAGCAAUGUGGAAAAGGAUUCACUAGUUCUGGACAUUGUAAGCAACAUGAACGCAUUCACACUGGAGAGAAACCAUAUGUAUGUAAGCAAUGUGGGAAAGCUUUUACCAAACAUGGAUAUUGUAAGAAACAUGAAAGAAUUCACACUGGAGAGAAACCAUAUGUAUGUAAGCAAUGUGGGAAAGCUUUUAGCACAUGGGGAAAUUGUAAGAAACAUGAAAGAAUUCACACUGGAGAGAAACCCUAUGUAUGUAAGCAAUGUGGGAAAGCUUUUAGCACAUGGGGAGGUUGUAAGAAACAUGAAAGAAUUCACACUGGAGACAAACUCUUACGCAUGUAAAUAAUGUGGGAAAGCUUUUAAAAUGCAGUGUAACAUAAGAGACUAGACUAAUAUCACUCUGAACAGUGAAUAAUAGUAUCCUGAGAAGGAGAAAGGUGAGGAAUUGCCUAAAAAUAGAAGGCAGAGGACAUUGUUAAAAGUGUAUCAGGAUUUAAAAUCUACAGUAGUCUUGUUGCUCUAUUUAGUUUGGUUAUAUUUUGUUCUUGUCUGUCUACUCAUAUUAGAUUUGAGGGCACACAGAGAUAACCCAAAAAUAGCAGGUUAUACCAUGGUAACUAUCCUUAAUUUCCUAUUAACUAAAACUGAAACCCUAUAUUACUUACAUUGUCUUCUAUGACUGAUCUUCUUUGAAGCUGGUUUGUUUGAAUGUUAUUUGGCCUUGACUGAUUUUAUUCACUGUGGGUAUGCUUGCUAGUAUCAAGUUCAAGAGAAGAGGCAACUUCUCAGAAGAUGACAAGAUGUAAAAGAUAUCCAUUGGUGGGCUGGGGAUUUAACUCAGUGGCUUAAGCACCUGCCUGGCAUGUGUGAGGUCAUGAGCUGGAUCUCCAGUGAACAAUCAAUCAAUCAAUCAAUAAAUAAAUAAAAGAUAUCCAUUCCAGGUUUGAUUAUUUUUUAAUUAAAGAGAACAAAGAUAGGAAAUAAAAAACAAAGCAGUAAAAGGGUACAAGUAAUACAG